GAUCGGGAGCGGCCCGUGGAGUCGGAGCGCACCAUGGAGGCGGCGGCGGGCGGUCGCGGCGGCUUCCAGCCGCACCCGGGGCUGCAGAAGACGCUGGAGCAGUUCCACCUGAGCUGCAUGAGCUCGCUGGGCGGCCUGGCCGCCUUCUCGGCGCGCUGGGCGCAGGAGGCCUACAAGAAGGAGGGCGCCAAGGAAGCGGGCGCGGCCGCGGUGCCGGCGCCGGUCCCUGCGGCCGCCGAGCUGCCGCCCGUGCUGCACCUGCCCGCCAUCCAGCCGCCGCCGCCCGUGCUGCCCGGGCCCUUCUUCAUGCCGUCCGACCGCUCCACCGAGCGCUGCGAGACCGUCCUGGAGGGCGAGACCAUCUCGUGCUUCGUGGUGGGCGGCGAGAAGCGCCUGUGCCUGCCGCAGAUCCUCAACUCGGUGCUGCGCGACUUCUCGCUGCAGCAGAUCAACUCGGUGUGCGACGAGCUGCACAUCUACUGCUCACGCUGCACGGCCGACUGGCUGGAGAUCCUCAAAGUCAUGGGCAUCCUGCCCUUCUCGGCGCCCUCGUGCGGGCUCAUCACCAAGAUGGACGCGGAGCGCCUGUGCAACGCGCUGCUCUACGGAGGCGUCUACCCGCCGCCCUGCAAGAAGGAGCUGGCCGCCAGCCUGGCGCUGGGCCUGGAGCUGCGCGAGCGCAGCGUGCGCGUGUACCACGAGUGCUUCGGCAAGUGCAAGGGGCUGCUGGUGCCCGAGCUCUACAGCAGCCCGAGCGCCGCCUGCAUCCAGUGCCUCGACUGCCGCCUCAUGUACCCGCCGCACAAGUUCGUGGUGCACUCGCACAAGGCCCUGGAGAACCGGACCUGCCACUGGGGCUUCGACUCCGCCAGCUGGCGGGCCUACAUCUUGCUGAGCCAGGACUACACAGGCAAGGAGGAGCAGGCCCGCCUGGGCCGCUGCCUGGACGACGUGAAGGAGAAGUUCGACUACGGCAACAAGUACAAGCGGCGGGUGCCCCUGGUCUCCUCUGAGCCCCCCGUCUCCAUCCGAAAAACAGACGAUGCUCCCUCCCAGCACCCCACGUCUUCUGAGAAGGACAAACAGUCCAGCUGGCUGCGGACCCUGGCCAGCUCCUCCAGCAAGAGCCUGGGCUGUGCUCACGCUCGCCAGCGCCUCUCCGCCUUCCGACCCUGGUCCCCUGCCGUCUCUGCCAGUGACAAGGAGCUCUCCCCCCACCUCCCAGCCCUGAUUCGCGACAGCUUUUACUCCUACAAGAGCUUCGAGACCGGUGUGGCCCCCAACGUGGCCGUGGCCCCACCGGCCCAGCAGAAGGUGGUGAGCAGCCCGCCAAGUGCCACCAUCGUCUCCCGGGCCCCCGAGCCCCUCGCCACCUGCAUCCAGCCGCGGAAGCGGAAGUUGGCAGUGGACAUGCCUGGGGCCACAGAGACACAGGCGCCCACAGUCACCCCGGAGGACGACAAGGACUCAGAGGCAGAGGUGGAGGUGGAGAGCGGAGAGGAAUUCACCUCCUCCCUGUCCUCGCUCUCCUCUCCGUCCUUUACCACAUCACCUUUAUUCACUAGUACAGAUCUUCGUCGCCAUUUAAAUAACCACCUGCCUUUUGUUGUUGAGGGUGACACACAGAUUGAUAAGAAUGAGAUAGCCUACAUCAGUAUUACCCAUGCUUCAAAAUCUCCACUGGAAUGGGUUGUUGGCGUAAUAUGGGUGAUAAGGAGGCCUAUUCUGGUCAAAGUGUAUCUCUACAAGGAGAGCCACAGGGAACUGGACAUCCCUGUAGAGGACAGGGACAGUCCUGUGAACUCCUGGUCCCUGGAGAACAGGUCACAUCCUUGCCCAUGUGGCAAAAGUUGUGAUGGGGAAAACAGGUUCAUAGGCUGCAAUACCUCCAUGCGAGGACGUGACGGUGUGACCAAACCGGGAGAAUUUGGGAAACCCGGUGCUUGUUUUGUGUGUAAAGGAACAAAGAAGAUGAGGCAGAGUUUGGCACGAGUUGUUUACUUUCAUUCUCAGGAAACUGGGGACAUAAAUGAUCCUGACCAAAAGAGGGACAUUGUGUGA